UUUUAAGUUCAUUUAUUUAUUUGAAAGGCAGACUGACAGAGAGAGGAAGAGACAGAGGCCGAGAGAGUGAGGGAGAUCUUCGAUCUGCUGGUUUACUGUCUAAAUGGCCCCAAUUGCUGGGGCUGGGCCAGGCCAAAGCCAGGAACCUGUAACUCCAUCUGGGUCUCCCAUGUGGGCAGCAGAGACCACAGACACAGACCACAGGCCUGCACACAGGCCACACGGGGCCUUAGCAGGAAGCUGGAUCAGAUGCAGAGCCAGUGGGACUCGAACUGGCGCCCUGACGUGCCGGCAUUGCAGGUGGGGGCUCACCCCGCUGAGCCACAGCGCCGGCCCCGCUCGUUGUGGUUGUGACUCACGCUUCCCCAGAUACCAGCAGGACUGGGUCUGAACGUGAGUCUUAGCCACUCACGUUUCCUCUUCCCUUUCUCGUCUUGCGUAUCCCUUGGUCAUUUUUCAGUUGGGUCCUUUCCCCGUGUGUCCUGCCUGCCAUCCUCUGUCUCUGGGUUCCUCACAGUCCUGUCUCAGUGCUGUGCCCCCAUGAGGAACAGCUCUGCUCCUUCCACACUGCCACCCACGCCUCGUUUCCCCCUCUGACACCUGCUUCCUCCCCAGCCCCCGUCCUGCUGGGGCACAGACUUUGUGUGCAUGUCUGCAAUCUGUGUGUCUGCGGUCUGUGUGCGUAUCUGUGGUCUGUGUGCGUGUUUGCAGUCUGUGUGCGUGUCUGUGGUCCAUGUGUGUGUCUGUGGUCUGUGUGCUUGUCUGUGGUCCAUGUGUGUGUCUGUGGUCUGUGUAUGUGUCUGUGGUCCAUGUGUGUGUAUUCUGUGUGCAUGUCUGUGGUCUCUGUGUGUGUCUGUGAUCUGUGUGCAUGUCUGAGGUCUGUGUGUAUGUGUUUGUGGUUCGUGUGUAUUCCUGUGGUCCAGGUAUGUGUUUGUGGUCCCUGUGUGUGUAUUGUGGUCUCUGUGUGUGUCUGUGGUCCGUGGGUGUGUUUGUGGUCUGUGUGCAUGUCUGCGGUCCAUGUGUGUGUGUUUGUGGUCCGUGUGUGUCUGUGGUUCAGGUGUGUGUGGUCCAUGUGUAUGUCUGCAGUCUGUGUGUAUUUGUGGUCUCUUUGUGUGUCUGUGGUCCACGUGCAUGUCUGUGGUCCAUGUGCGUAUCUGUGGUCCAUGUGUGUGUCUGUGGUCCAUGUGCGUGUCUGUGGUCCAUGUGCGUGUCUGUGGUUUGUGUGUGUGUCUGUGGUCCGUGUGCAUGUCCGCAGUCUGUGUGUGUGUGUCUGUGGUCCGUGUGUGUGUCUGUGGUCCAAGUGAGUGUCUGUGGUCCAUGUGUGUGUCUGCAGUCUGUGUGCGUGUCUGUGGUUUCUCUGUGUGCCUGUGGUCCGUGUGUGUGUCUGUGGUCUGUGUGCAUGUCCACAGGCUGUGUAUGUUUGUGGUCCAUGUGUCUCUCAGUAGUCUGUGGUCUGUGGUCCGUGUGUGAGUCUGUGGUCUAUGUGUGUGUCUGUGGUCCAGGUGCGUGUCUGUGGUCCAUGUGUGUGUAUUUGUGGUCCGUGUGUGUGUCUGUGGUCUGUGGUCCGUGUGUAUGUCUGUGGUCCAUGUGUGUAUCUGUGGUCCGUGUGCAUUACUGCAGUCUGUGUGUGCAUGUCUGGUCCGUGUAUGUGUCUGCGGUCUGUGUAUGUGUCUGUGGUCCAUGUGUGUGUCUGUGGUCUGUGGUCCGUGUGUAUGUCUGUGGUCUGUGUGUCUCUCUGUGGUCUGUGGUCUGUGUGUGUGUCUGUGGUCCGUGUGUGUGUCUGCAGUCUGUGUGUGUAUUUGCGGUCCAUGUGCAUGUCUGUAGUCCGUGUGUGUCUGUGGUCCAGGUGCGUGUUUGGUCUCUACAUGUGUCUUUGGCCCCGGUCUGUGUGUGUGGUCUGUGUGCCUGUCUGUGGUCUGUGUGUGUGGUCUGUGUGCCUGUCUGUGGUCUGUGUGUGUGGUCUGUGUGCCUGUCUGUGGUCUGUGUGUGUGGUCUGUGUGCCUGUCUGUUUUCCUCUCCUGCCCGAGUUCCCGGGAACAGCAGCUCCUCACCACCCCCUUCCUCCUCACCCCCACCCCAAGGUUCCGGCACGGGGUCUGCCAUGGGUGCAGGCUGCUUUCCUGGUGACUGCCAUGGAGGACCGUGGGGCCCAGCCUGCGUUCUUCCUGGUGUCCCCAUAGCAGCUGUCUCUGGACUGGGCUCCGGGAGGCUCUGAGUGUCCUGUGAGUGUGGGAUGUGAUUUCCACUGCCUCUUUGGAGAGCCGUUCUUCUCCGCCAGACCCCAGUCCUAUCAAGCUCAGCCACCCCCAUGGCACUUUCCCAUCAUUUAAUUUCUCAGCCGUGGACCUUCGGAGACAUUCUUUUUUGUAAUGAGUUUUGGAGCUUUUUUGAGUUAAGUGCCUGAUCCUCAUAAGCCGGAGAAAAUGGAACUAUCUCGUGUCGCAGAGGAGCCUUGAAUUCUGGUGUUAGCCCUCCCUCGUGUCCUGGGCAGCCGGAUCCCUGUUAGCAGAACAUCAACAAGCCCUCUUCGCGUCAGCGGCCCCGGCCUCAUAGGAAUAGCAGCUGUUUAUGGAGUGCUAACCACGUGCCGGGCCCUGGGCCAAGGACAUUUUGUCUGCGCACUCUUGCUCUUGCUCUCACUUAAUCUUCCCAGUGUCCUGGUGGCCCAGGGAUUAUCCUCCCUGCCUCACCUCCUGUGACUGCCUGUCUCCCCCCUAAAGCUUGAGCCCUCGAAGCCCUGUCUUGCCUCAGGACCUUUGCACUUACAGGUCCCUCUAAACAUGCCAGUCUUCCCCCCGCCCACCAUUCUAUGUCUGGUUUCGGGGUUCCCUUUCCCAGCCAAGUUGGGGAGAUGUGAGCUAAGCUAUCCCCUGCUACUGUGCGCCAUGGUAGGCUCUUCUGUGUCCCCUUUUUAGCAUAGCUUGGCUGCUUACUUGCUUAUUUGUGCUUUGGAGAUGUCACCACACGUGGAGGACAGUGCCACAGGAAGGCCCACAAGAGGGUGUCUGCCAUGUUGGUGGCUGGUGCCCGAGCAGCCUUGAGUGAAUGCCCAGCCCUGCAGGACUGGGAGGGGUAAUAGCAGCUGUGGGGCGUGGACUCCAGGGGAGCAGAGAGCCUAGACACCUACACAGGUGACUGUACCUACUGUUCGGUGUCAGGGCUGUGUUACUGUGCUGUGGACAGUGUCCCAGUGCACUUAUCCGUGGGCGGCACACAGGCCACGUGGUGCCUGAGACGUGGUUUGUGUUUGAAGGUGGUGAGCAAGACGAGGGUGAAAUCAGGUCUGCGGCUUGGAGGGCUCAGCCUGCCCAGCAGGUGGGGCUGCUCUUCCUCUUAACCUCACCGCCUUGCUGGCCACAGCGCACCUGUGCUGACGGACUCUGGGCCCUUGACCGGGAUCUGUGCUCCCAGGCUCACCCGCCUGCCCUGCCUCUCUCACUUCCUGACCCCUGAUGGCUGCGGCAUUGCUCAGCUUGGAGGGGCUGAUUGUUUCAUUGGAGCUUUGAAGAAUUCAGUUGGCAAGGGAGAGAGGUGUGUUCCGGCCUGGGGAAGUGUGAGUAACAGUGAGGUCGCACUAGGCCCCGAUGUGUGUGGGGUUCUUGAUGGGAAGUGCUCCAGCCCCUGACCUGUGCAGGGAGGACCCAGCUGUGCUGGGGUUAAGUCCUGGUCUUGGUAGUGGCAGGACCCAGACCGAAGGCUUGUUCCACAGCCUGGACCUGCUCCUGCCUGUAUUCUCCAGGCUCUGUGACCUCAGAUCACUGACAAGGAGGCCAGCAGGGAUGCAGGGACAUGCAGUUCUGUGGCCAUGGAGAUACAGAUGCUGCCUGCUUGGGCAGCAGCAUGGAGGGUGCCUCGCCACCUGUGAAACGGUGCAGGAGUGCACGGGCGCCAAGCAGUGAGCCCCUCAGCAGUGCUGUCUGGAGCACCUGCUUCGUGCCAGCCGCUGAGGGUGCAGGAGUGAACUGAACAGAUAAGGACCUCGUGCACAGAGGGGCAGGCACAGAGGGCAGAUAACAUACAUGUAAACAUGCAAGUGAUCUCUUUGCCAUCUCCAAAUAACGUAAAAUAUGUACGAGAGGUUUAGCUCCAGAGCUGUCCCUGGAAAGGUCACUCGAGUCAUGGGAAAUGUUAAGCUGCAAACCAUACCGCACAGAAUUUCUUUGACUUACAGAAUUUACAAAGAUUUCCCCACCGUUGCAAACCAGAGGUCUUCAGCUCCGCUUAAAGACAAAGGUAAAAAUAGAGGUGGUCGGAUUUUCAGAAACGAGCAGUGACCUCUCAUCUGGGCUUGGCCUUCUCCUCCUUGAUAGGAGAUGUGGCUGAGGGCGCUGGGUAGCAGGUGUGAUGUUAGUUGGGACAGGCAGCUGGAAAGAUGAACCAGGCCAACAGACCUGGCCUUCUGCUUCAUUCUGGUUUCUGCCUUUUAUCUUCUCCCCUGGCCUCUGCCCGCUCAUCCCGCCUUUACUGGGAGAUCCCACAGAAAGCACAGACCCAAGUUCUACGUGGUCAUCAUGCAGGCAGAAGAAACAAUGCAAGGCCUCUCCCUCAGCCACACUGUUGGUGCUCACGUGGGAUGCAGAGCUGUGGGUCAUGCCUCUCCCCACUGCUUCGGGACUUUGCAGAUGCCUCCAGUGCAUCGAUUUUGGAAGUGAUGGGACAUAAGCAUCUUCCCUUUUCCGGUGGGUUAGGUUUUGAUGCUGCGCUCCAGGUAGCUGAUGGGUGUGCCAACAAUGCCGGCACCUGAGCAGGGCAAGACAUGGCUGCAUCUUUUCCAGAUCCCAGAUUUCUCAGAUUCUGUCAGUCACUGCCUUCCUGGGAUCUGCCCCUAUUCUGUGCUUAGGCCACAGCGAAGGCCGCUGGUCAGCACCACGGACAGUGCCAGCAUAGCUGCCACUCUGAUGGUUUCCCACUCCGACUGUGUCUGAACCACUGAGGUUUGAACAGAUUCAGACGGUCAGACCAUACUCAGGACCUAGUAAUUACAAGCUCCAGGACUGUAACCCUCCACUCGUUUUUUGAAAAGCCCUUGGAUAAUGCCCACCUUGUUGGUCUGCAGGCCCAAGAAAAGCUCAAGUUUAUACCGAAGGGUCCAUGUUCAGAGAGCCAGGACAACACUUGUGAUGUCUGUCCACUUCUCCUUUAGAACCCCACCCCACUCAUGUGCUAACCUUGUGCUGGGGUGGCCAGUGUUUUCGUGAGUUGGAGCUAGGCUGUCCAGGUAUGGUGUGGCUUGAAAUGAAGGCUAUUAAACAGGACCUCCAAGGUUGACUUUGAAACUCUGUCUCAGAUCUGUUCUCUUUAAAGAACUUGCCACUUGGUGUGGUCUGUGUGAGAGACUGGCAGACAUGCAGAAUCUCAGACCCCACCCAGGCCUACUGAGUCAGGCCUCCUGGGCGCAGGACACACACGGAAGGUUGAGAAGCACUGGUCCAUGUCAUUGUUGUCAUUAUUUCAUGGGAUCCUUCCAACAGGGCCCCUCCCUGUCUCCUUCCUGCCCAGAUCACCUUAUUCCCCUCCAGCAAGGCUGACUGCUGCCCAGCUGUCAGAGUGUCAGGCUCUGGACCACACCUGUCAGUGGGCAGAGUCAUUGUGUGCUAGGUUGGCACAGCAGGCUGUGCUGUGUCCCGUCGCACCCUCCCAGGCUGGAAUGAGGACUGCCCAGAUAUGGGAAGGGCUCAGUCCCUCACUGAGUGCUGUUCACUCCUGUUCAUUCAGCAGGUGUGUUUCAGAUGGUGGUGAGAAGACAGACUUGGUUUCUCUCUGGCUUCUAGGAUGUCCAGUUCAGUAGGGACAGACAUUAAAUUAACCCUUAGAUGCUUCUACACAGUGCCAAGCUGUUGGGUAGGAACAGUGCAGGGGCUACACGCAAGAGGAUUCGAUUCAGAGGCCCAGGCAGGGACCUACAAGCUGAUAUGCAGCAUGUGUCAUAGAUCACAAGAUGCAUGUUCCAGGCAGAGCCAGCAACAGAGCAAAUGCAGGCCUGUGCAUUUCAAUACUCCGUGCUGAGUCCAGAUGCUCUGUCUCUGAGUCAGAAUUUCCUUCUGGUGAAAUGGAAGAUUCUAGUUCCCAGUGAAGCCUUGGAGAUGGCUUUAUGUCCAGACUCAAGACUGCCUCUGACCAGGGCAGAUGACGUGCCUUGUACAGACCUGUGCACAGACCCAAGGCUGCCGCCCAGAAUAAAGCCUGUCUCAGCUUGGGCAUUUACCUCCCCUGGAGUUCUGGGGGUGCGAGGGGGAGGCGGUGGGGGAAGGGCAUGGGCUCUGGAAGCUGUAUAUCUGAGUUUGGAUCCUGACAGUGUAGACCAGGGUGUCCCCUUGCUGUGCUUUGUUGUCACAAACGUAAAGACAGUGGCAGCUCCAUCAGGAGGACACUGUGAGGAUCAGGUGAGCUCGUGCAGGGCAUGGGCUCAGAGCAGGCCUUGCCACAGGGAGUGCUCAGAAUCCUGUGGCCAUCAUGGCUUCUAGGAGGAGAUGGCAUUUGGGACGUGCUGGAUCUUUUGGCCACAUAACGCUCUUAAUGUCGCCCCCUGCUCCCCACCCCCACCCCCUGCCACAGUGGACCAGGUCCCAUUUUACAGAUGGGGAAACCAAGGCUCAGAAAGGGUCUGCUUAGGCUCAGCCUAAUUUUCUAGCCCUGGAGUUCUUAUUUUGAGGUGUGAGGGUAAAACGUCAGGUGAUCAGUGAAAAAGAAUGUGCUGUUACUUUCAUCACCUUCUUUUUUUUCCCCAAAGAAACCUUUUAUUUAAUGAAUAUAGAUUUCAUAAGUACAGUUUUAGGGAUAUAUAGUGAUUCUUCCCACCAUACCUGUCCUCCCACCCAUACUCCCACCACUCCUCCUCCUCCCUCUCCCCUUCUCAGUCCCAUUCUCCAUUAAGAUUCAUUUUCAAUUAACUUUGUACACAUAAGACCAACUCUUUACUAAGUAAAGAUUUCAACAAUCUGCACACACACACACGCAGACACUGUUGAGAAUAAGUUUUACAGUUAACUCUCAUAGUACAACUCAUUAAGGACAGAGGUCCUACAUGGGAAGUUAGAGCACAGUGACUCCUGUUGUUAAUUUAACAAUUAACAGUCUUAUGUAUCAUGUCAAUGACAACCUGAGGCUCUUGACAUGAGCUGCUUAGGCUAUGGAAGCCUUUUGAAUCCACAAACUCCUUUAGUAUUUAGACAGGCCCUAAGCAAAGUGGAAGUUCUCUCCUCCCUUCAGAGAAAAGUACCUCCUUCUUUGAUGGCCCCUUCUUUCCACUGGGGUCUCACUUACAGAGAUCCUUCAUGUAGAACAUUUUUUGCCACAAUGUCUUGGUUUUCCACGUCCGAAAUGCUCUCAUGGGCUUUUCAGCCAGACCAGGAAGUCUUAAGGGCUGAUUCUGAGGUCAGAGUGCUACUUAAAGCGAUUGUCUUUCUGUGAGUCUGCUGUGUGGACUGCUUCUCAUUUUGGAACAUCCUCUCCUUUUUAAUUCUAUCUAUUAUUAUUACCAAACACUUGAUCCUAUUUGUAUGAUCAUUUUAACACUUAAUUCUAUGUAUAUGAUCAGUUUAACACUUAAGUUGGCAUUUUUACCUGAAAUAUGAACUUUCAACAUGCAUUGAGGGUUACCUGCAGCUUUGUCACCACUGGAAAUCAAUCUCAUACAUUUUCAUGUGGCAUUAUGGUUGCCACAGCUGUCUCCAGAUAGCAUUAAGGCUCAUUGCUGCUCUGAGAUUACUGUAGUGAUUAGACCUGCACUAGAUCUUGUUAUUUAAUACAUCAGCAAAGCAGCACUUGUAUUGCUCCAUCACAGAUGGGAUAUUAGACAGAGCACGUUGAUAAGCACAGUUCUGAACCUGGGCUGAUGAACCUCACCAGGCUGCAGAGGCGCCUGCUCUGCCCUCGCUCUGCCACUGAUCGCGGGGUCGUGCUGGCUCCUGCACUGCGCCACUCCCCACCUCGAUGAGCACCACCCCCCACUGCAGCUGCUUUGAGCCACUUGGCUCUUUCCAGUCUCUUCUCUCUGUUUCUUCCCCACUAAGUUCCUUUCUGCAAAGCAGGUGCAAGAUACAUAAUUAAUAGGGUGGGAAGAACGUGUUGAAAAUACUGCAGCUUGUGUUUAUUUUUAAGCUGCUGAAUUUCAGAGCUCUGCUCCAGGUGUGGCCAGGUGCAGCUCAGCCAGCUUUGGCUGCACAGAGGCCCUGGGCUGAUGGGAGGCUGCUGCUGACUGGGCGGGAGGGGCUUCUUAGAUGAGCCUUAAAUAAGCUUGAGAGAGCUGAGUGUUGGAGGGCAGGCGGGGGCUCCAGGAUGGGAAGCUGGAGGGGAAGGCUCUGUGACCUGAAUGUGACUGGAGGAUGCCCAGGAGGAGGUAGCUUCCAUGAGGGACGGGACAUCUACGACUUCAGAGGGCUGGGGUGGUGGAGCUUCCGGAAAAGCUGCUCCAGAGCUCCUGCCGUCGCCUGGGAACCUGACCGGCCCUCCUCCCUCCCUCCCUCCCACCCUCCCACCCUCCCUCCCUCACCUCUGUGCUGACUUCCAGCAGAAAGAGUCUCUAGUGCGAGUCCUGAGAUUAGAACCCAUCGCUGUGCCUGGGUCCCGCACCCGUCCUUUUCCGGUUUGUUGUGUUUGUUGUGUACCUUUAUUGAGGUAAUUCACAUUUCAUGCCAUUUAAUCAUGUAAAGUAUACAGUUCAGUGCCUCUUAGUGUAUUCACAGAAUUGUGAAAGCCCCCACCACUGUCACAUUUAGAACAUUUCUGUCACUCCGAAAAGAAAUCUAAACCAUUUCACAGGCACCCGUCGUCUCCCAGCAAGCCUCAGCCAGCACCCACUCACCCGCUUUCUGUCUCCGUGGAUGCGUUUCUGCCGACCAUUUCAUAGAAGUGAAAUCAUAGCACGUGUGGUUGUGUCUGGCUUCCUGGUGUAAUGAUUUUCAAGGUUCAUUCAUGUAACAGCACAAAUCAGAACUUCAUUCCGGUUUUAGAUUUGAGACAUAGUACAUGUACCAGGUAGUUCACCCCUUUAAAGCCUAGAAGUCAGUGGUGGUUAGCAUGUGUGCAAAGUUGUGCACCCAUCACUGCAGUGAACUUAGGACUCCUCAUCACCCUAGAGAAACCCCGCGCCCUUUAGCAGUAAGCCCCCGCCCUGCCUUUCUUCUCCCCAGUCUCCAGCCCCGGGCAACCACUGAUGAACUUGCUGUGUCUGUAGAUUGGUCCAUUCUGAUCAUUUCCGGUCAGCGGCCUCACAUGCAGGACACAAGAGUCGUGCUCUCAGGGUUCCUCUGUGUGUGUCACGUGUCAGUACCUUGUUCCUCUUUGUUAUCCGGUAUUCCAGCAUAUGCAUCGGUCACGUCUUGUUUACCAUUCAUCAGUUGGUAACAUUGGAGUCGUUCCUGCUUGUUGGCUUUUAUGAAUAAUCAUACUGUGAACAAUUUUAGAUGCAAAAGUGUUUUCCUUUUUUAAAAAAGAUUUAUUUUAUUUAUUUAUCUUUUUAAAGAUUUAUUUCUUUAUUUGAAGGAGUUACACAGAGAGAGGAGGAGAGGCAGAGAGAGAGAUAGAAAGAGGUCUUCCAUCUGUUGGUUCACUCCCCAACUGGCUGCAGUGGCUGGAGCUGCACUGAUCUGAAGCCAGGCACCGAGAUCUUCUUUCAGGUCUCCCAUGGAGGUGCGGGGACCCAAGAACUUGGGCCAUCCUCUGAUGCUUUCCCAGGCCAUAGCAGAAGUGGGGCAGUUGGGUCUCAAACUGGCACAUAUUUGGCAGCUUAACCCACUAUGCCAUAGUGCCAGCCCCUAUUUUAUUUAUUUUAAAGGCAGAGUUAAAGAAGGAAGAGAGAGACAGGGGGUGGUGGAGGGAUCUUGCUUCUACUGAUUCACUCCCCAAAUUGGUGUGAUGACUGAUGCUGAAGUCAGGAACCUGGAGCUCCUUCUGGAUCUCCCCCUGGGUGGCAGGGGCCCAAGUGCUUGGGCCAUCUUUUGGCUGCCUUCGCAGGGUCAUUAGCAGGGUGCUGAAUCAGAAGUGGAGUCUCUGAGACUCAGUGGUGCUCAUAUGGGAUGCCAGUGUCACAGGUGGCAGUUUAACCUGCUGUGCCACAACGCCAGACCUUACUGUUGUUGUUCUUUAACUCUAUCUAGGAGUGGAACUGCUGAGCUUAGGAGAGCCUUAGUCCAUUCAGGCCACUGUAACAAAAUAACAGAUGAGUGGCGUGUGAACAGCCACAUGAUGUAAACACCUUGAUUUUGUCCUUUGCAUAAUGGAAGAUUUAUAACUCAAGUGAAUUCCGAUGUGUUUUAUCUCAUUGGCUGCUUGUGUUUUUUGCUAUCCUAUCCUAAGAAGCCUUUUGCCUAGCCCAGGGUCAUGAGGGUGUGUUCCUGUGUUCUAGCAGUUACGUAGUUUUGGCUCUUACUUUUAGUUCUGUGGUUCACGUGGAGGUAAUUUUUGUGCCCAGUGGAAGGCAGAGAUCGAAGCUUUGUUAUUUUGCAGGUGGGUACCUGGUCCAGCACCACAUGCUGAAGAGACCGUUUGUUCCCCUGUUGUAUUGUCUUGGCGUUCUUGUGGAAAAUCAGUUGGCCAUAUGUGGGAGUUUACUUCAUUGAUCUAAAUAUUUAUACGCAUGCCGCUUCCCUAUUAUCUGGAUUACUGUGGUUUUGUGGUAGGUGUUGGAACUGGGAAAUGUGAAUCCUCCAACUUUCUUUUCCAAGUUAUUUUGGCUACUCUGAGUCUCUUAAAAUUCUGUAUGAAUUUUAGGAUCAGCUUAUUAAUUUUGCAGAGAAGGCAACUGGAAUUUUGAUAAGAGAUUUUGUUGACUGACAACUAAUUUGAGUGUUAUCACUUUAAAAAUACUGCCCUCCCAUCCUUGGGCAGGGCGUUUUCCCUCUUUAUUUCGGUCGUCUUUAGUUUCUUUAAACAAUGUCUUACAGUUCCUCGGGGUACAGUUUCUUCCCUUUGUUCUUAAGCCACUCACCGUGGGACAGCGUGAUAGCUGGUGCUGACUCCUGUGCGAGUCCCUGCAGCUGGGGUGGACAGUCUUUGCCCAGUGACAGGGACAGGAAACGGGGGCCUUUGGAAGGAUUACUAAGCUCCUCCUAACUCAGGCGUGGAGGGGAUGAAUGGUGAGCAGUGGAGCUGAGCACAGAUUCUUACAGUUGAAGCUUUACUAGCUCUUACCACCUCUGUCACCCCAGAGGUCACUGGGGAGUGGAGUAGCUAGACACUUCCUGUCCUGUUGUCCCAUUCACCCGAGCACAGGGCCUGACACGUCCUGCCAGUUGUGUGAGUGACGACAGCAGCUCCCACUCCUCACAGACGCAGAGGCUAAGACCCCAAGUGGGGACAUGUCUCAGCCAUGGUUAGAAUGGCUCCUUGACUACGAUUUUCACAAUUUUUUUGCUCUCCUUCUUAUGGGGAAAUCCCAGAGACUUGCUCCAGGAUGAGUAACAUUUCCAAGUAGAACUUCAAAAUGCUCCCUGAAAAGCAGAUGUCCUAAAAGGUAGGGCUUCUGUCCUCUGCCUUCUCCUCUCUCCUGCACCCAGUAUGGCCCCAGCAUAUGGCAGAGGCCCAGGGUUUCCUAAGUGAGUUGACUUCUGUAAAACGCCCCCUAGGGGCUGGCGCUGUGGCACAGUAGGCUGAGUCUCUGCCUGUGGCUCCGGCAUCCCAUGUAGGUACCGGUUUGUGUCCUGGCUUCUCUUCUGUUCCAGCUCUCUACGUAGGUCCUGGGAAACCAGUAGAAGAUGGCCCAAGUGCUCGGGCCCCUGCACCGGUGUGGGAGACCUGAAGGAGCUCCUGGCUUCGGACAGGCUCAGUUCCGGCUGUUGCAGACACCUGGGGAGUGAACCAGCGGAUAGAAGACCUUUCUCUCUGUCUCUCACUUUAUCUAUAACUCUACCUCUCAAAUAAAUAAAUUAAAAAAAAGAAACCCUUCCCCUAUAUAAACAAAGGGGUGCCGUGGGAUGGUAGAGUGGCUUGCGCUGGCUAUGCUGGCUUCUCAGAAGGAACCUUGUCGUGCGUUGUGUGUCUGCUCUGUGCUGGGCGUGACCUGUUCCUGCUUUACAAAGCGUCAUCUCCUGAGAUCACACAGCGAUCCCCUGAGGCUGACGUUCUCACGUCUCCGGCACAGAGGCCAGGAGGCCGCGGCCCCGCGGGGUGGAGCAGCGUGCUCCGUUCCUUCCCCCGCCAGUCCUGGCUGCUAUGAAUUUGUGCAAAGUGUUAUAAACCGAGGAACUUUUGAUUGGAAGACGGGCCUCAAAUCGUGGCAAUAUGUGGCCUGCACCUGGUGCUUUGUUUGAUCCACGUGGUCUUGGGCAUUGUAAGAAUUAUUUCUCAGCCCUUUGAAAUCCAAGACUCCCAGUAAAUCUCAGCAGUCUGGCAGUGGUGACCCACUGUGGCCCAAGGGUGCACACACUGGGAAUCUAGCAGCGGCUGCCCCUGCGCACACUGGCCCCUGGAAUCUGCCAGAUGUAUUUGUGCGUGGACAGCAUCUUUUAUACCCUCUGAGUUAGUCCCAUUAAACAGCACGCAGCAGCCUCUGCCCGCCUCUCCGUCCCCCCUGCUGUCCAGCUCCCAGCAUCCCUGGGCUGCAACGUUGAUAACAGGAAAACAGUGUUCAGCUGCAGCAGAGCCUGCCGCCUGCCUGUGUGGGCAUUGCUGGUCGUGUCCCGCCGAGGGUCGGGCCUGUGCUGGGCACCAGGGAAGCUGGAGGAGACCACGUGACUGGCUCUGCCCAUGGGGAGACAGGCCCCAGAUCCAGCCCAUCUGCAGCAAUGGAGGCCAUCAGGAAGCCUCGGCAAUGCAGCCUCCCCCAGACGGCCGCCCCGUGGGCAUAGUUUGUCCAACCACAAGUACUCACCACCGCUGUGCUGGGAGGGACCUUUGCAGAACUGUGUGAGCUGCGGGCUGCGCUGCUUCCUCUUUGUGUUUCUGGCAGAGCCCUAGGCCUCCUGCCUGGCCCUAAGAGGCAGGUCGCCAUCGUGGGUGUAAGCUCUGGGUUGGCUGUGACUCCCAGCUGGGUCGCCUGCAGGAGGCACUCCCUGUCGUGGGCCUCAAGGCCUUCAUCAUGAAGCUGGGUGGGGCUCUGGAGAGAAUGCAGGCAGACGCUUCUCGUGGUACACGCAGUCAGCUCGCAGUAGAGGUGGCGUCCUCAUUGUGAAGAGAUGCGUGUGGGAGGAGAUGUCAGCACCCGUCUCCUGGCCUUUUCUGGAAGUGGGCGUGUCUUCUUGCUGUGUGUGCAUGCAGGGUUUGAUGUGGGUUCCUCAUGGCUGCAGAUGGGGAGCUCAGGAUUGUCUGUCCCAACACUUGGCACAAGGCAGUGAGCCCAUGGGACUGCUGUUCUGUAUUCUCCAAGCUCCUUCCUGGGCAUUGCCUUCCUCAGCCCUGGGGGCUGUGACGUGCCAUCAGCCCACUGUAGAGGAACGUCUCGUAAGUGAUGUGACCCUGCCUGCAGUCUGGGGCUCUCCCACAGCUUCCUAGGGAGAACAGCUUCACUGUCUGAGUGAGAUGAACAGAGUAAGCGUGGCCAUGGUGCUAGGGCUGAGCCCAGUGGCCUUGUCCAGGAAGGAAGCGUGGAGAGGACCUCUGGGUCUGUGACGUCCUGGUGAGUCUGACCACCCCUGCCCAUCACAGGCACACUCCACCCAGCGGCCAUCAGAACCCAGCCUCAGGACUGCCCACCUAGUCACAGGUAGUCGUGUGUGUCUCAGUAGAUGGACAGGGUUGGGAGCAGGCAAGGGGCCCCUCUGGCCUCCUUGCCAGUACCAUGGUGGACGUGAGCUUGUGCUGCUGAUGGAGUGAGAUGAGCUGCCUUCUAGAGUUUCUUCACCUCCCUGCCCCUCUGAGUCCUCCUCCCUGAGAUGGGGGUGAUCCUAGAACCUGCCAGGUAAAGCUGCCUUGGGGAUCGGAGGUGACAGGUGCACACGACUCUGCCACAGAGCCCUUCGCAAGCCCUCUUGGGCUGCUGUUACGCUGCUGCUCUGUAUGCGUCUGGUGCGAGGCCUCUCCUUUCUUGGCAGAUUCUGUUUCCCAGCAGGGAGGCGGCAUCCCUCAUUUUCCCUACCUUCCCCCAACACAGCGUCCUGCACAAAACAGGGGACAGCAAGUUAGUGUAGGGAAAGACGGGGUAGGAGUCGGGUCUAGAAGUCCAGGAUCUGAAUUCCGGAUCCCGUCUUAGAUCCUCGGUGCCCACCCCAAGCCCGGAGUGUGGGACGCCUGUGGCUGCUCAGUGGUUGAGUGGAUGACGUGAUGUGCGCAGCUCACUGUCUUUAGGAGUUGGUGGGGGGCAGGUGUGGCGGUGCUGUGGGUUAAGCCAGUACUUAGGGCAUCUGCAGCCCAUACUGGAGUGCCUGGGAGGCAGCCCCACCCAGGCUUCUGAUCCAACUUCCGGUUAAUGCACUUCCCGGGAGGCAGCAGAUGAUGGCUCAGGUACCUGGGUUCCUACCACCCACGUGCAGUCCUGGACUGUGUUCUGGGCUUCUGGCUCCAGCCUGGCAUUUGAGGAAUGUACCACUGAAUGAAAGACAUCAUGCUCUCCUGCUCGCUCUCUAUGCUCUGUCUCUCUGCUUUUCAAGUAAAUAAAAAAUAAAUGGCUGGCACCGCGGCUCACUUGGCUAAUCCUCCACCUGUGGCGCCGGCACACCGGGUUCUAGUCCCGGUCAGGGCGCCGGAUUCUGUCCCGGUUGCCCCUCUUCCAGGCCAGCUCUCUGCUAUGGCCAGGGAGUGCAGUGGAGGAUGGCCCAAGUGCUUGGGCCCUGCACCCACAUGGGAGACCAGGAGAAGCAUCUGGCUCCUGGCUUCGGAUCAGUGCAGUGAGCUGGCCUCAGCACAGUGGCCAUUGGAGGGUGAACCAACGGCAAAGGAAAACCUUUCUCUCUGUCUCUCUCUCUCUCACUGUCCACUUUGCCUGUCAAAAAAAAAAUUAAAAAAAAAAAAUUGUUUUAUUUCUCCUUGAAGUAGAUACUGUUGAAAACAUUGCCAGGUUAAGAUUAGGAGCAGGGGCUCUGCGGCCAGACACCGGGGUGCAGGCCUCAGCACCCUGCUUCCUGUUGACUUUGGGUGUGGAACAUGAUGCAAGGAGCCUCUCCGUACCAGUCGUAGCGGCUUCUCUCUGGGCCCUGCAAGGACUGAGCUCGGGGCCUCGCCAUCCCACGGGGGCCGCACAGUGAGCCACCGCUAAGGUUGUGGUUUGUUCCCUCACCUCCCUCCCUGGGCUUGGUGCUUUUCCUGUUCAUAGCCAGCAGCACCAGCUUCUGACGUCACCACAGACAGGGAGGCGAGGAUGGGGUUAAAGUGAAGGGGAAGAGACCUAGGUCAGGCAGCUCUCGGAGAGGCUCCUGGGCACAGGGGUGUGGUCCCAGGGCAGUGCUGAGGUCGGAUACACUGAUGGAGUGACUGACAGGCUUGUCUGUUCUGCCCACUGACGGAGCCUCCCGCCUCAGAGUUCAGCACCCCUGGAAGCCCUGCCGCCACCCAGAUCCCUUGGGUCUCUAGGACUGGGCUUGGUGACAGCAGGCUACUGUGCAUUCUUCCCUAGCAGACUUGCUAAGUUGCACCCAUGGGGGGCCUUGGUUUAUGUUUCCUUGCUAUAACGUGACAAGAAUGGCAUCAGUGCUUAGAGAAUUCUCUUUCUUCUUUGAUAAGUCUGAAACCUUGGAUGAAAGGGAUUAUGGCCUAAGGAGUCUGUGCGGGAAGGGAGUUGAGAGAUAGUUUGACUUGCCUGCUCCCUUUCCAGGUGAGGGAAUUCAGGCCAGAGGGGACUUUCCCAAGGACAUAUGUGGAGUAGGGGUCAGUGUGAGGCCAGGUUCCAGGUCCCCUGUUUGCUGACCUGUGUGUCCUCACCGCACCACACCCCAGGAGGCCGUAGACUGAGUGGACGGAGCUGGGAUGCGUUCUGGGUGGACAGUGAAGGAGCUGGCCUCUUCUUGCAGCCGCUCACUGGCCUCCUGAUUUUCCAUGCUUGCAGCACACAGGAUCUGCCCUCUGCCCCCCUUUAGAGCAUGCCAGCCACGUCUAUGGGAGGGACAGGGAGGGCACCAGGAUGGGAGGAGUCUCCUCUAAGAACCAGCCAGAUCUGCAGGGUAUUUGAGCCAUCGCCUGCUGCCUCCCAGGGUCUGCAUUAGUAGGAAGCUGGAAUGUGGGACAGAACUGAAAGUCAAACCCAGGCACUCUGCUACCGGGUGUCUGUGUCCCUAGCAGAGUCUUCGCUGGUAGGCCAACCAUCUGCCUCCAGAGACACCUUCCAAGACAAGUAUUAGGUGUGUGCAGUUGGCACUUGGCCACAUACCUUCCUAUGCACUUCCCUCAGGGUCUGCCUGCCACCCAGGACGUCAGGAACCUGCCCUUCAGUGUGAAGGGGUUGUCACCGUAAUCCAGACCAGAGCUGUGUGACUCUUACUUCCUAAGGAACACACUUAAUUUCCAAAAGGCUUUAGAAGUCCAGCCGAGUAGUAAAUGUGGCCUCUAGGGGGCAAAGUGAGACCUGUCAUUCACUGGCAAAUUCUUUAGCUCCUCUGUGUCUCAGUUUGUAUGUCUGUCAAAUGGGAGCAGGGCAGGAGUCCUGAUGUGCAGAUUAAACAGUAGAGUUCGUUUGUAAAUACGUACUACACCUGCUGGCUGCCAUGUGCAGAAAAAUAAACAGAUAGGGAGCGAUGGCUGUGCUCUUUUAGACAGGAAGGGACGCUCGAGCAGAGACGUGAGCCCUGCAGCUGUUCUGGACGGGAUCGUUCACACAGCAACACAGCAGGUGCAAAGGGCCAGAGACGGAAGUGUGCACGUUCACGAGGCGUGGACAGCUCAAGGACAAAGAGUGGGGGGAUGUGGGGUCAGAGAGGACUGGAUAGGUGAGAUCCUGGGUGGCGCUGGUCUCCUGUUGGGGGCUGGGAGCCCAGUGGAGGCUAUUGGGCAGGGAAAUGGCCUGGUCACUUAAAAGGAACUUGGGUCCCACUGACUUAGGGGCAUCUGCAGCGCACCCAGCCCUGUCCUGGCUACUGCAGAUGGACAGCACAGUGAGUAAAGCCUUGGAGGAACCCGCCCUGCACGGGGGAGAGCUGCCCAUGUGUGAAGAGUCGCAGAUGGCCUGGGCUCCGUGGGGCAGUGAUCAGCCAGCCUCCCCUGGGGGCCGAGGGGAGCAGUUUCUUAGACACUGAAGCUUGAGUUUGGGGGUCAGGACAUCUCCUUGGGGGUUGUGAAUGGGGCCUGGCCUGGGAGAGAGGAGACUCCUGGAGGGCAGCUAGGGGCUGAGUGAGGAAGGGCCUUGUGCUGCGCCAGGGAGCGUGAAAUGGAUCUGGAAGGCACCAGGGAGCCUGGAAGGUCUCUGCAGGAAACGAUCGCAUCGUGGAUGCCGUCCACGUGGGGGCCCUGUUGCGGUCACUGCUUGCACCUGUCCUAGAAGGGCCUGGGAUUUGGGCGAUCAGGGCCACUCCUGCCCCCGCUGUCAUCCCACAGGAGUUGCAGGUGGUGCUUGUGGGAAGCAUUGUGGUAGGACAGCAAGCGGCCUGGCUGCGCUGCUUGCCCUGGGGCGUACCCGGUGCCUGUCCUCAAGCCGUCACUGGUGGGUACUGACCGACUCCCUCGGCCCCAGGCUGGCGUCACUCCUUCCUCCCCAGCUUUGCUCAAGUACUCCUGCCCCCUCCCUGCAGACCCAGGUCAGAAACGCCUUGUCCGUGCCCGGUGCUCGUCCACACUGCCCGGCCAGAGGGGAGCGCUGCUCUCCCCAUUUUCACAGCACAGUUUUGGCACCCAUCUUUGUGCCUGUCCCACGAGCUGGCUCUGUGACUUGUGGUUCCCUGCAUGUGCCCGGCUCGUGGGCCUCCUGCAAACCUCCAUGGAAGAGUGAAGGGGCUUCCAGCCAUGCCCUCUAUGAGGGUAGCUGUUGGUUCACUUCUCUCUCACCUCCUUUCCAUAACCCUGAGACAGACCAGGUGGCCGUGAGUGGGUGAGUGCAUGUCUCCACUGUGCUGUCCACUGAAGGCUUGAAUGAGCCAAUGAUAGACCUCCAGUGUCCCCUCCAGUCUAGAGCCUGGCACGGAGGGUGUGCCCAGCAGGGUUUGCUUAGGGGGUAACUGGAUGAUGGCCAGUGGCCUCUCCCACAUUCAGAGAGGCAUGGGGCAAGGGGUGGAGGGAGUGGGAUGUGGCUUGUGUGGGGCUUGGCCUCUUUCUUGCCUUGCUCUUUCCUUCCCAGUCCAUGACCAAAACACUCUCAUAACUGGUGGGGGAGCUGAGCUGCUGGUUCGGGACUGAGCUGCUGGUGUGCUCACUGGAGGGGCCGUGAUCAUGGCCUAUAAGGCAGUGGGUGUCCUAGGGCCUACGGUAGGGGAGUCUCUCACCCAUGCCUCUGAGAUUCACCCCGCCUACCCUGCCCAGCCCAGCCAGUCGGCUCAGCACAGCCCUCACCCUGCCUGUCUUGUGUACAUCAGAGGUGCUCCAGCCAGUGACUGUCUGGGGGAGAAAGAGCUGGUUCAACAAGUAAAGGCGCGUCCACACGGCCAGCUCUGCAGGGCUCUCCAAUGCCCUCUUUGAGGGUUUCACAGUGGCGCGCUGGCCAGCACUUCCCUCCCCAGUCUGCCAGUGAGCAGUUGUAUAACCGUCUCCCUAGAAGCAGCCCAGGCUUCAGGGUCGGGAGCCCAGGCCCUGCGCUCCUAAGAAAGCUAAGUUCGGCCGGUGCCGCGGCUCAACAGGCUUAUCCUCUACCUUGCGGCGCCGGCACACUGGGUUCUAGUCCCGGUUGGGGCGCCGGAUUCUGUCCCGGUUGCCCCUCUUCCAGGCCAGCUCUCUGCUGUGGCCCGGGAGUGCAGCGGAGGAUGGCCCAAGUGCUUGGGCCCUGCACCCCAUGGGAGACCAGGAGAAGCACCUGGCUCCUGGCUUCGGAUCAGCACGGUGUGCCGGCUGCAGCGCGCCAAGCCGCGGCGGCCAUUGGGGGGUGAACCAACGGCAAAGGAAGACCUUUCUCUCUGUCUCUCUCUCUCACUGUCCACUCUGCCUGUCCAAAAAAAAAAAAAAGGAAA